CCGCCUCCCCUCCCCUCCCCACAGUGACUCCUGCCCAGAGAAUGUCCAGCCCUGGCAUAAAGGCCCUGGGUGUCCACAAGCUGUUGUCAGUCGGAAGGCUGCACAGUCCAAGAUGGUCUCCUCGAGGGCACCUGGGAUGGGGCGUGUGGGAGGGCAAGGGUUGACGGUGGUAUUGCUGCUGGCUGGUCUCCUCCUGCCAGGGACCUUGGCUAAGAGCAUCGGGACCUUCUCAGACCCCUGUAAGGACCCCAUGCAUGUCACCUCCCCUAAUGACCCCUGUCUCAUUGGGAAGGGUGGCUCCAGGAGUUUCAGCAGCCACAGUAGCUCCAGCAGUUCCAGCAUCUCCACUGGCUCCAGCAGAUCCAGUGGCUCCAGUGGCUCCAGUGACUCCAGUGGAUCCAGUGGCAGCUCUGGUGUAUCCAGUGGCAGCUCCAGCGGAUCCAAUGUUGCCCAGGGUGGUUCUUCCAGAUCUUUGAAACUUAAGCCAGGAUGGGGGUAUUCCCAGAUGAGCUACUCCUCCGGAUCUGGCUCUAGUCUACAAGAUGCAUCCAGCUACUCGCAGUCCGGCAGCAGCAGUUCCCAGUCAGGCUCCGGCUCCGCUCUACCAAUGAAUGAUGGUUCUUCCCCCUUUGUAAUAAGCUCUUCCCAGUCUGGAGGAGGCUCAAGCUCUUCCGUCUCCCAAACCUCUUGGGUGUCCAAUAGUGGAGGUCAAAGGGUCAGCUCUAACUUACGCCCCUGUGGUCCAGACGUCCCUGACUCUCCCUGCAGUGGGGGGCCUGUCAUCUCCAACUCUGGUCCCUACAUCUCCAGCUCCCACUCUGUGGCCAAGGGUCAAAGGCCAGUGGUGGUAGUGGUUGAGCAGCAUGGCUCUGGCGGCCCUGGACGUGUCCCCUGUAGUGAUGGGAGCCUUCCAGGCAAGCCCUGCCCCCCCAUCACCUCUGUAGACACAUCCUAUGGCAGCUAUGAGGUGGUAGGUGGCUCCUCUAACAGUUACCUGGCCCCUGGCCUGGCCCACAGUAAAGGCAAAAUCUACCCUGUGGGCUACUUCACCAAAGAUAACCCUGUCAGAGGCUUUCCAGGGGUCCCCUCCUUUGCAGCUGGGCCCCCCAUCUCCGAGGGCAAGUACUUCUCCAGCAAUCCCAUCAUCCCUAGCUACAGCUCUUCUAGUUCUGACAUCUACCAGUCGGGGGCUUCCCCUGCCAUUGUGUUUCAGCCAGUGGGCUCCGGAGGGGUCCAGCCCUGUGGAGUUGGCUCCUCAGGUUCUAAGGGGCCCUGCUCGCUCCCAGGCACUGGCCCCUUCAGUGGCAGCUCCAGCUCCCAGUCGAGUGGCACAAUCAUCCUUCAACCCUGUAGCAGCAAGUCCAGCUCUUCCAGCCACCCUUGUAUUUCUGUCUCCUCCUUGACAUUGAGUGGGGGUCCUGAUGGUUCACCCCAACCCGAUCCUUCAGCUGGUGCCAAACCCUGUGGAAAGUUCCCCUGCCGCUCCAUCCGGGACAUUCUGACCCAAGUCAAGCCUCUGGGGCCCCAGCUAGCUGACCCUGAAGCUUUCCUACCCCAGGGAGAGUAACUCAACAGUCCAUAAGUCAGCUUUUGUAUACUCAUCUUUGUGGGAAUACACACACACACACACACACGCAUGCACGCACGCACACAAGCACGUGCAUGGGAGAUGUUCCGGGGCCAGGCAUGGGGUAAGGUCAUUUUCCUUCCCUCCUCCCUCCCAAGAAGGCUGCUCUACUUCUAUGGCUGCAAUAGGGCAGACUUCCCCUCAUCACCUCUUUUUUCUUUCUUCCCUCAUUCUCUCUACUGCUUUGAUUCCCAUGCUACCACUCAUUCCCAGAUAACCACUCCCUGAAAUUUCUUUUGCCAUUACUUUGAGAUGGAACAGUUCAUCACCUAACCCCACCCACUCAGAUUCUUGACUGGGAAAACCCUGAAACAGCCCAGAGUAACUCUGAUUCCUAGACAAGUCAUCCUCUCCUCUCCCUCUUUGCCAAAUAAACUACAGUCCAAACUGUUGUCUGAAAACAACUGCUUUUCAUUGACUUUGCAUCUGGUCAACCACCGUGAUACACCACUGGGUUCUCACACUCCCAGCUCCACUCCCACCCUCCAUCACAGAGACCACCACACCCUCUGUGAGUUCCCAACACUCCUCCUUACCUCUCGGGGUCUCCUUCUCAGUCCCCCUUCCCGGCUGCCACUUCCCUUAAUGCUCAGACACUUCCCUGUGUGAGGGAGACACCAGGGCAUCUGUGGAGACUGGGUGCUUUCUCUGGAUCCCGAACAGAUGGCCCAAUAAACUGUGUGAACCAGG